CGCCUCCCGUAGGUAAAUACCGGAUGGUGUCAUGUCUGCUCCUGUGCUGAGCGCGUGGUAACACUGCUCGUUAUUUCCCCUGUUCAGUCCGAUUCUGUAGAAGCUAUUUUCUCAUGGCAGAGACAACCCAAGAAAAAGCAACCGGACUGGAGUUCGCGGAGCAGCAACUACUGCGACACGGAUGGGAAAAAGGUAAAGGUCUGGGCAGGAGAGAGAAUGGCAUCUCAGAGGCUAUUAAAGUCCAAAUUAAACGUGAUAAAGGAGGGAUGGGCCAUAAAGAAGGAGAGCAGUUCACUUUCCACUGGUGGGAUCAUGUUUUUAACAAGGCCUCCUCUAGCCUGGUGGUGGAAACAGGACAGGAUGGUGUGAUGGUGAAGGCGGCAGACAACAGCAGUAAUGGUUUGAUCUCCAACAAGAAGCCACGCAAAGCUCAGCAAGCCAAAUCCAUGCUGUAUGGAUCUUUUGUCAAGUCAGCAACUCUGCUCUCGGGUCAGGAGCACACAGAAAAGACCUCUGAUUCAGAUGAUAGCAGUAAUUCUGAAGAUGAGGACCAAAAACUGGACCUCUCCAGCACUACCAAGUUAUCAGAUGCAGACUUGAUCAAAGCUUGUGGAGGAAGAACUGCGCACAAGGGAGCCAGACAUGGUCUUACUAUGAGUGCCAAACUGGCCCGUCUGCAGCAACAGGAGCAAGAGUUCAUGAACAAGUACGGUAAAAAGAAUCAGCCUGCAGGAACAUGUAAUAAUGGCAGCCACGUUUGUAAUAAUGACACCAGCCUGAUCCAUGACGACAAUCCAGAUGCUACAGAGAAAACAAAACGCAAGAAAGCGAAAAGAAAGGAGCCAUCUGAGAAUGACAUCUAUGACGGUGAAACAACAACAGAUAUUAAUGAAGGUAGUGAUGUUGAGGACAUGAAAAAGAAUAAAGACACUAAUGAUUUUGUGAACGAUGCUUCAAUGACUGAUGCUGAGCCCAGGAAAAAGAAAAAGAAAAAGAGAAAUAGCAAAGUCAAAACCACACCUGAAGAGAGUUUUAAUGGGGACUGCAGCUCGGCCUCACACGCAUCGGAAGAACCACAAUUAGAAUCAAAUGAAACAGCUUCAUGCCUACCAACAAUGAAAGAAGACAUCCCCAAGAAGGAGAAAAAGAAACGAUUGGUCGCAGAUGUGACCAGUGAGGAUUCCACAGAAAAUAAACCACAGGAGCUUCAAGAAGCAUCUGACAAUGUCUCCAAGCAAAAGAGGAAAAAGAAAUCCUCCAUGGACCACUAUGACUCCUCUGUGAUGAUGAUGAUAACAGAGGACACUAACACAGAAGAGCAGAAUGUGUACAUGGAAACGGGUGGACAAGAGAAAAAGAGAAAGAAUAAGAAAAAGAAAGUAAGAGAAAUUGAGGAGCAGGAGGUGGAAGAAAAAGUGACAGUGGAGGACUCUGUGCCAAAGAAAAAGAAAAAAAGGCCAAAAAUUGAUGGUAGUCCGUGAGAAGAAACUAGAGUGCUAAAACUUUUUGAAUGACUGUUUAGUAUUAAACUAGAUGAGAUCAGAUGUUUGUCUAAUGCGACAUUAUUUAUUCUGACAAAUGGCUGAUCUUUUAAGCUUGUUCCUCACAAAUGAAUUCAUGUGUCCUUAAAUUGUGUAGGGAUGUUUUUUAUUGGUAAAAUAAAUAUUUUGUAAUGUGUUAAAGUACAUUUACAAAGUUUUACAAAUCACAAUGAAAUAUUAACUAGAUAUUAAGAACAUAAUGGAGUCAGUUUAUUCUCUAACUUUAUGAAA